AUGAUUGGUGACAGUGACAACUGCUCGAUGAGCAGAGCGAAUAAAUCUUCAUCCGAUAAAAAUACAAAUUGGAAAGGUGAUUUCGAAGAGGCUUUACGAUAUACGCGAUGGUUGCUACGAAUACUCGGUAUUUGGCAUCUCGUAGCGACGAAAUCGAUGAAAAUCGAGAAAUAUUUAUCACGAGUGAUAGUACCCCUCGUCUUGUUAGCAAUGAUAAGCCUGACGUUACCGAUUUAUUCGCACGUCAUUACACGGCCGAUCGAUCAUCUAGAACUCAUUGUGUUACUCGGGCCGAUAGUUGCUCAAACUGCCAAUAUUUUCAUGUAUUUGACGACAAUAAUGCGCUCGGAUACGAUAAGGGCUUGCAUUCGACACAUAGAAAUUGAUUGGAAAAGAAUUGAAAAUUCAACGGAGCGACGUAUUAUGAGGAGGCACGCUCGUUUUUCGCACACUCUGACCAUCGCCUGUAUUAUAUUUAUGUAUACCGCGGCGCUUUGCUAUUCAUUGAUAAUGCCGUUGAUGGCAGGAAAUACGAUAAACGAAUUCAACGAAACGCUCAGACCACUCCCGGUUCCGGGGACCGAUAUUUUUAUCGAUGCUCAAGCAAACGUUAUUUACGAAAUAGUUUUUGCAAUGAAUUUUAUAUCGGCGCUUUUCCAUGAUACCGUUAUUACCGCGGUGUGCCAUCUCGCUAUAAUACUCGUCAGUCAUGCUUGUGGACAAAUUCAAGUAAUCAUAUGGAAUCUCGAGAAUAAUUUCCAACAUUCCGCUUCCGCGGCGGAAAAAAAGCCUCUCCGUCGUUUCAUGACGGAACGUAUAAGAUUCAUCGUUCUGAGACACGUCAGGUUACUCAAAUUCGUCGAAAAUAUUGAGAAAGCUUUGAAAGAAAUAUUCCUCAUUGAAGUUGUCUCUUCGACUUUGAUUAUGUGUUUCAUCGAAUACGACAUUAUUAUCGCGCUGGAACACACGAGCGUUGAUCGUUUGGAAAUGAUUUCGUACGUUAUGCUUCUUGCCUCAUUCACGUUCAAUUUGUUUCUAUACUGUCAAUUCGGUGAAGUAUUGAAUAGCCAGUGUCAGCGAGUCGGAACAAUUGCAUACAUGAUAGAUUGGUAUAAAUUACCAAACAGGAUCCAACUCGACUUUAUAAUGAUAAUGAAUACCGCUCGAUAUCCUUGCAAACUUACUGCUGGAGGAAUAAUGGAACUGUCCAUUGCCAAUUUUGCGAGUAUAUCGAAAACAUCGGUCGCUUUUCUCAAUAUGAUGAGAACAAUGGGCUGA